AUGGAUUGGUACUUUGGGAGUGACGUGAAUGAUUAUCUUAUACCCAGAGAUCAGGAUUUAUUGGACAUACAUCCUUCACCAGACUAUUGGUCAAACUGGGAAAUAAGUGCAGCUGAAGGUUCUACUUCACCUAAACAAUUUUUUAUCAUGGAUUUCUUUGAAGAAAAAUUCAAUAAUCAAAUUGAGCUUGAACCAUCUCUGCAUGAUAAAGAUCAGUUUAGCCGUUCAAGUGUAUGUGGAAGAUUGCCUGAGCAAUCUUUUCAACAGACAGCACUUUCAUGCGAUCAGCCUAAUUACCAGCUUCAAGAUCUACCCAGAUUCGAACAGAUGAAUGACUCUUUCUUGAAUUCUGUACGGGAAGAUCUGUCAUGUGUUGAUGUUGAAAACCUAGAUAAAGUCAUCAUUUCACCUAUAAAACAAAGCAGCAGUACACCUGAUACACUGCAGAAAAAUACCACAGAUUCUAAGUAUGUUUCAAGCAACUCAGCUUCAAAGGAUUGUCCAGAUAGGGAGGCAUCACCAGCCAAGGUUUUAGACCCAUUUGAGCAAUGCAGCAAGGAUGAUGACAUGCAUGAGUCAUCAUCACUUGAGGAAUUCAUUUUAAAGGAUCUUGAGAUGGUAAUUGGACAGUUCACGGAGAAGACCCGACUUUGCUUCCGAGAUGCCCUGUAUCGUCUUGCCAGAAAUACAGAACAACUUAAUGAAAUGCUGGACCAGAAUCAAGAUUUUAGCCUCCAAAAGACAAUGCCACGUACAGAUCACAAUGAAAUAAAGAAGAGGACUCAGGAAGAGAAAUCAAUGGAAUCAACUACCAACAAUAUUGACAGAAUAAUUGCAAGUCUCAUGUUCAAAAGUAUGGAGUUCAAUAUACAUGAUCCUCCACUUACUCCAUCAACGAACUUUUCAGAGUCCUUAAAUAUGGAAGAAAAGUCUGACUAUUCCUAUGCUCAAGAAGAAAAGUCUGACUAUUCCUAUUUUCAAGAAUUACCAACAGAUGUACAGAUUUCAAGGUUUGGACUAAGUAAUCAACUAAGGGACAUCGGUUCAUACACCACUUGUGAAGAUCCUGUAAAGAAAUCUUUCAUGUUUGGGUAUGGUUAA